AUGUCUGACGAUGAGGGAGCCUCACCCCGCGAAUUGGUCGUGGAAGCCUGCCGCCGCGAUCAACCCUACCUCAUCGAGGAGAUACAGGAGAAGUCCUACAAGGAUAAGCCAGAUGAGUUUGCAGACUUCAUUAACGGAGUAACAGACUCCAUGGGGAACCAUGCGCUACACAUAUGCGCUGCUUACGGGAGCUACGAUACAAUGGACUACCUACUAGACAUAUACCACUUUGAAGUUGACCCUACCAACCGCGUCGAUGGCGACACACCGCUCCACCUGGCUGUUCAGUAUGGAAACGAAAAGGAUAUCGAGUUGGCCAUGUCAAUGCUGGAGAUGAUGCUUGAAGCGGGCUGUGAUCCGCGAGUACGGAACAAGAAGGGUCAAAAGCCUGCGGAUUGUGUGAUGCCGCAGUACAAUCAGAUGAGAACUGCAUUGAUGAAGGUGGAGUAUAUGAUGCAAGAAGGGCAAGGGGUGGAGGGUCAGGGUCGGGAUGACGACGAUGACGGACCAAGUGACGGACCCAGUGACGACGAAGAUGAUGGCCAAGAGAAAAAACGAUAA